UCUGCAAGUUUUGUUUCCGGGAUGUUUGGUGAUGUGGCUAUGCACAGAAAUACAGCAGAGGAUAUUCUUCAAAUAAAAAGCAGAAACCGGUAUCUGAGAAGCACUCAUACAGUUUCGGCUACAUGCUCAGUCGGCUGUCCCAGGGCUUUACCAACGUCCUGCAGGAGCUGUCUGGGGACGAGCCCCCCGAUGGAGCCCCUCAGGAUAUGUUGGUCCCCCAACUCCCCCCUGGAGAUGCCCCCGGAGCCCCUGAGGGGCCUGGGGUGGAGGAGGAGCCCCUGGAAAGGCUGGCCCAUCUGGAGCAGCUGACAGUGCAUCUCAAGGAGGUGGUCAGAGAUAAGGACAGCCAACUGGCCACCUUCGAAAAGCAGCUCAAGAGUGAAAGGGAGACAGCGGAGGCACGCUUCACUAAACUGAAGCUGCAGGCCAAAACCAAGAUGGCUGCUCUGAACAAACAAAUUGCUGACCUCAAAGGGCAGGAGGGAGCAGCAAGCUCUCCAGACAGCUCCUUCACCAGCUCAGCUCCUGCUGUGGAGGAGGAACUCCAGGAGCUGAGGAAGCAGCUCAGUGAGGUCUCGACCUUGGCGAAGAACCUCGAGGAGCGUCUCCAGAUGUCCGAACAGGCCCUGUGUGAAAAGGAAGCCAUACACACGGAGCAGGUUCGUGUGCUUCAGGCAGUUGUCUGUGAAAAGGACGUGCGUUUCCAGGAGCAGAUCCAGAAGCAUGAGGACGAGCUGCUGAAGGUCACAGUGCAGAGCCAGAACGACGCUGAGCUGCAGCAGGCUCUACGUGCAGCCCAGCGACAUUGUGAGGAGCAGGAGGAAGCCAUGCGGUCACGCUGCCAGGUGCUGGAGAUGCUGCAAGGGGAGCUGAACAAUGCUGACCAGCAGAAACAGAUCCUCACAUCUCAGUUCCGCCAGAUGGAGCAGGAGCUGGCUGAGGCUGGCAGGCAGAGGGAGGAGGAGAGACAGCAGUGGACUGGGUGGUCUAGCCAGGCCCAGGCAGAGCUGGUGGCCCUCCGAGCCAACCUGGAGGCCUCCGAGCGGGACAGAGCAGCCCAGCUAGCCAGUCUGGAGGCUUCAGAGAGAGACAGAUCAACCCAGAUGGAGGACCUGACAGUGAAACUGGAGUGGGCCACUAGAGAGCGGGAGGAAGUGACCAACAGAGAAGUAGCCAGGUUGGAGAAGGAGCUUGCUGCCUUAAGAGAGGAGUAUGGAGAGGGGCAAAUGGCAGGAGAGGCCCUGGCUGAGUUGUUGACAGGCCUGCGCUCUCUGGCUGGAGAGGGGGCCGAGGAGGACAUCCCUGUUCCCACCGACCCGGCCCUGUGCCUGGGUACACUGGAGGCCCAGCUGGAGAGGCUGAGGGUGGAGCAGAGGGAGAGCGAGGAACGCUGCGCCCAGGUCACCCACACCAUGGAGACAUUGCAAGAACAACUGGAUAAGCGCACCGCAGAAGGCGAAGAGGCAGUUGCUAGGAUACAACAGCUGGAGCAGCAAAUUGGAAUGGCUGCUCGUGAGUCAUUGGUCCAGUGUGUGACUGACCCGGCUGUGGAAGACGUGACUGAUGCUGAAAAGGCCCAAAUAUUGGCUCUGGAGCAGCAGCUAUUGGAGAAAGACCAUGAGUUGGCUGCCCUGCGAGAGAGUCUUGUGCUGGCUGAAGAGCGGGGCUCAAAUGAUGCAUUCAAGGUCAUCUCUGAUCAGAUUCUAGACCAGCGUGAGGACACUGCCAUGGCCCCCUGCGACAGUCCUACAGUGCUGCCAGACCUCCUAGAAGACACGCGAGAGGAGGACACCACCCUGGUGGCAGAGGAUAGGUCAAGCCUGUCAGUCUCUGCUGAUAACGAGAGCAGUCCAGAGCUCAUUGAAUCCCAGUCUGACUCUCCCGGAGAAUCUAAGGGGGCCUCCUCUGAUGAGAUGGUCACGAGCAGUGACUCCGAGGUGGCCCACAGCAGCUGGACCCUCCUAGAGGCUGUGAACCAAGAUGAAGGUCAGCAGUCGCCUCCCAUACUGCAGGGCUUUGGCCAGCUCCAGAUGCAAUCCUGGGAAGAGAACAGCUCUGAGCAGGAAACAUCCACAGUCCAGGUGGAGUCCUCAUCAGUCAUCAUCCGUGAGACUGUGCAGGUGCACCUCAAACAGCAGGGGGCGACCCUCUCUGACUCUGCCCCUGGACAGGUGUUUGCCCAGGCCCUGGCAGAUGAGAUGCAGAACAGGUACAGUGAGCUCAUGGCUGAGCUCCAGAGAUUGAGAGAGGCUGCCUCAGAGUCACAGGAGAGAACCCAAGGCCUUGAGGAAGAGAUUCGGUCCCUGGCAGCUGCCAAGGAUGAGGCAGAGUCCCAGGCCCAGAGAUAUGAGGAAGAGCUCCAGUCAGCCAGGUCAGAGAUGGACACGGUGGCCCAGCACAGUGGCUCUGAGUUGGAGAGGCAGAGCAUGGAGAUGCAUCUCCUGGAGGAGCAGCUGGACAGCCUGCAGACAGAAGGCAGCUCCAAAGAGCAGAAGAUCCAGGCCCUGCAGGCAGACCUGGACGAGGCUCAGUGCUCUCUCUCUGAGCAGGAGGGCCAGGCCAGGAUGCUGAGCACCCAGCUGGAAGAAGGGGAGAUCACUUCCUCUGAGCUGGAGCAGAAGCUCCAAGACAUGGAGGCCAGCCUGCUGGAGAUCUCUCAGGCUAGGGACAUGGCCAAAGCUGUACUGUCUGAGAGGGACACUGAGAUUAACGAGCUGCAACUGCGUAUUACCCAGAAAGAGCAGGAGAUGAUGGAGCUGAGCAACGGCUUGUCUGCCAAACUGCUCCAGACCGGUGAGGAGAUGUUCCUGAUGAGCACUGAGGUCAAGAAACUGAAGAAGCAGAUAAUUGAGCUUGAGAAAACUGGAGAAAAUGAGAAAGCGACAGGGGAGAGUCAUGUAGAGGAUGGUGAUGAGCUCACUAGUUUGCGAAAGGACAAAGAGGAUCUGACAACCCAAGUGGCAACCAUUAAAAAGAGGUUGCAGGCAGCCCUGGUGCAGCGCAAAGAGCUGAUGAAAAAAGUUGCGGCGUUUGAGAAAGAGGCAGAUCAAAGGAAAGGACAAGUAGGGAAAGCAACAGAGGAAGCCUCUGCAAGUGUACCAGCUUUAGAAAAAGACAGAAAACAAGAGGAUAUGGCAAUUGAAACUACUCUCGAAGAGUUCAGACAAGACUUGAGGUCCAAAGAAGAGGUCAUGGAGGUUUUGGAACAGAAAAUCAGCCAGCAGGAUCAGGUUCUGGAAGAGACACUUGAAAUUACCAGAAGGCUGAGUGAGGGAGCUCAGCAGACUCCAGAGGCUGACACCUCAUCUGAAAUCACUGGGUUGCAGUCCCAGGUGGCCUCACCGGAGUCAGAUUGCGAAACACUGCAAAAGAAACUCCAGGAGGCCCAGGACUCUCGCAAAGAAACCAUCCGCAUGGCCAAAGAAAAGGACAGGCACCACCGCGAACAGCUUAAACAACAAAAGGAAGAGUACAAUGGGCUGUUGGAGCGUUUGGAGGAGCAGGUUGGUGAACGAGAUGGGCUGUUGACUAGACUGACCGAGCUCGAGGAACUGCAGGCACAGAAAGAGGUGAGCACAGAGAAGGAAGUACAUGCCGAGCUGGAGACCAACGCUGCAGUGGAGAAGAUUGUGAAGCCAGCUGCAGGAGAUUGGGUCCAGGAAGACUGGGUGGAAUUUUCAGCUCCUGAGAAUGAAGCACAACAACAAGGUGAUAAACCCAUUACCAGUGCCGAGGAACCCUCUCAGCUACUUUCAGCUGACAUUGAGGCCUCAUUACAAGCUCUGAAAGAAGAGGUCCAGGCUGAGAAGGCAUCUUGUACAGAGUUGGCGGGCCAACUGCAGGAGAGCCAGGCUAGCCUGUCACUCAGGGAAAGUGAGCUUCUAGUGCUGGGCAAAGAGCUGCAGGCCCUGAGAGAGAAGGAGAGCCAGAUUGAACAUGUCUAUGAGGAGUUGGAGGCUCUGAGGGAGAAGUGUCUCCAGGCUCAGACCUAUGCAGAAGCUGUGAAAGCAGAGUUGGAGGCCAAGGGAGCCGCAUCAGACUCCGCUGAGUCCACCAUUGCCGUCCUGCAGACAGAGGUGGAGGACUUCAAGCAGUUCCUGAGCAACAAGAACGAUGAGAUCAUGGAGCUUAGCCAGCAGCUGGGUGAGCAAAGCUCCCUCCUCCAGUCUAUGCAAGAGACUGUGUAUGAGAAGGACCAGUCGAUCGCCUCCCUGCAGGAAGGCCUGAGAGCAGAGAAGGAAAAGAGUCAGAGACUGGAGGCCGAGGUCCCCCAGAAGCAGGAGGAAGAGAAGGGCAGCGAGGCCAAGAUCCUGCAGCUUCAGCAGAAGCUCAAAGCUGCCCUUAUCUCCCGCAAAGAGGCCCUCAAAGAGAACAAAAGCCAGAAAGAAGAGUUGGCCUCCACUGAGAAAGUCAUCACUGAACUGCAGCAGAGGAUGGAUGUUAGAGAAGUCGAGCUGGAGAAGCUGAGAGCAGAAAGAGAGAGGCUGAUAGAGGAGGUCGAUCGGACCUUGGUGGAGAACCAGAGCCUUGGGGGAUCCUGCGAGAGCCUCAAGCUGGCCAUGGAGGGUAUGCUGACAGAGAAAGACUUCUGUAAAAGAGAGGCCGAGUCUGCCAAGGAGGAGACUGCCCGGGCAUGCAGAGAAUGUGAGGAGAAGGUGCAUGGGAUGAAGGAUGAGUAUGAGACUCUGCUAAAGUCCUAUGAGAACGUGAGUGAUGAGGCAGAGCGUGUGAGACGUGUGCUGGAAGCUGCUAGGCAGGAGAGGAAGGAGCUUGUUGCUAGAGCCAGGACCCACGAGGCAGCCAGAGAGGAGGCUGAACGGCAGAAAGAAGAGGCCCAGAAAGAGGUGGACACUGUCAAAGACAAGAUGAGGAAGUUUGCCAAGACCAAGCAGCAGAAAAUCAUGGAUUUAGAGGAGGAGAAUGAGAGACUCCGAGAGAUGGAUGAAAAGAAAGGAAUAAGAAGGGAGGACAAGGCACUCAAAGGAGAACUUGAAAGACUCAAAGAAGAGUUUGAGGCUCUGAAAGCUGAUUUGAAUGCCACUACGGCACAGAGGGACUCCUUAGAACAGCAGGGUGUUGAGUUAAGGGGGCAACUAGCCCAAGAGCUAGAGAAAGGGGACAGAUUAGCCCCAGAUAAAACCCCCAGCUCUGAUGAUGUAGUGGAGGAGACUAUUGUGGCCCAGCAGUCUAGUACAGUCAUGACUAAAACUACCCAAGAGCCAGUUAAGAACCAGCCUCAGGACAUAGAGCCACAUAGUCAGGCCAUAGAGUCUGAGGUAGCUGCACCUGAAACGCCCUCUGUUGAGGAGAUGGUGAAGACCGAAAUAACUGAAAAUACACAGGCCCUAAUUGAUGAGAAAUUGAGCAAAAUGGAGGAAGCCCUACAGUCAGAGAGGGAACUGAGGCAACAGCGCGAGGCUGAACUCACUGCUGAGCUGGCCUCUUUGGAACAGCGCCUUCAGGAGAGUAAAGAAAAGGAACAGACCCAGAGAGAAGAGCCAGUGAAGACGGACAUGUCUGAAAGUGAACAGACCGUAAUUGAGGGAAAACAGAGGGAAAUGGAGGCAGCCCAACAUUCAGAGAGGGAACCGUGGCAAGAGAGUGAGGCUGAACUCAAGGCUGGACUAGCCUCUCUGGAGCAGCUCCUUCAGGAGAGUAAAGUUAAGGAACAGAGCCUGAUGGAGGAGAGCUCUAAAAGGGAAGCCCAACUCCAGGAGCUCCACAGCAGCCUGGAGGUAGAAAAGGACGACCUAGAGGAGCGUCUGAUGAACCAGCUGGCCCAGCUGAAUGGCAGCAUCGCCGGCUACCAGCAGGACGCGGCAGACAGCCGGGAGCGCCUUGCGGAGCUGCAGCGGGAGGUGGAGAGACUGGAGAGGGAGCGGGCCGAACUGGAAGCCCUGUCCGAGAGCGAGAGGGACCGGGCAGCCAGGCUGGAGGAGGACAAGAGGCAGGCCCAGAGAGAGAGGGCUGAGGCAGAGGCCGAGUCAGGGAAACAGAGGGAGCUGGAGCAGCAGCUGAAGUCCGCCCAGAGGGUGAAAGAGGGCAGCCAGAGUCGGGCAAAGCAGCUGGAGGAGCUGCUGAGAGAGAAGCAGCUGGAGGUGCGCCAGAUGCAGAAGGACUGCAUCCAGUACCAGGAAAGGAUCAGCGAGAUGGCCAGGGAGGGCAAGGCUUUGCAACUGGGCAGCAACGAGGUCCACAAAGAGCUUGGGCAAGCCUAUCUGGAGAUGACCAAAGUCACAGACACUUUGAAGAAGACUGAGGCUGAGCUAUCUAGCUGCAAAGCCCAGCUGGUUGAGGCCGAGACAGAGGCCAGCCAGGCCCAAGCUGAGAGGAGAGCCUGUGAGCAGACCGCUCUACAGAGAGAGGCUGAGUUGAAAGCAGAGGCAGAGCAGAGCCUGGACUCUGUGAGGUUCAGGCUGGGAGCUGAGCUGAAGCAGAUUGAGCUGAGGUUGGAGGAGUCUUACCGGGAGAGGGAGAGAGAGGAGGAUGCCACCCGGGAGGCAAAAGAGCUGGCUGACACCGCUGAGAGACAGGCCCAGCAGAUGCAGGCCCGCCUCGAUGAGUCUCUGGCCCGACUGGCUGCCUUCUCGCGCUGUAUGUCCUCCCUGCAGGACGACAGGGACCGCGUGCUGGAUGAGACCCGGCAGUGGGAGAGUCGCUUCAACAGCACCCUCCAGGGGAAGGAGGCAGAGGUGCGGGAGGGAGAGACCCGCUCCAGAGAUCUGGCUGAACAGCUGCAGAAAGAGACCGCACGGAGAGAAGAGCUACAGCUUACAGUGGACAGACUGCAGAAAGCAGACGAGCAGUGGCAGCUGAAAUGGGAGCAGGAAGAGAAGAAUCUCCGUGAGAACCAAGCUGCCCUGGAGCAGGAGAGGGGAGAGCUUCAGAAGUCCCUAGCCCAGACCGUGACCUGCCUGACUGACGCUCGCGCCCAGCUGGCCUCCCUAGAGAGCGAGGCGGAGGGGCUCCGCCACAGAACCCAGGCCCUGGAAGAGGCAGUUGGGAAGCUGCAGGGAGAGACCAAUGAGGUCAGGUCCCAGCUGAAGGAGAGGGAAACAGAGGGGAGGAGGCUGGGCCUGAGCGUGGAACAACUGGAGACAGACCUGCGCUCCUCCAAGACCCUGACAGAGAGCCUGCAGACAGAGCUGAGUGAGAAGGAGAGGAGAGAGGUAGAGCUGCUGGGGGAGAAGGAGCAGGCCGUGACACAGGCUGCAGAGGAGGCCAGGAGGGAGGCUGACGCCAGGGCCCAGGAGGCUGAGAAGGAGCUGGAGGAGAGGAGAGAGGAGGUGCGGGGUCUGGAGGACCGGCUGCGGAAGGCAGAGGAGGAGAGCAGCCACAGCAAAGCCAGGCUGGAUGCCUUCACCAAGGCCAUGGGCUCUUUACAGGACGACAGAGACCGAGUACUUGGCAUGUACAAACAGCUGGAGGAGAAACAUCUGCAGGUGAUGAUGGAAAAGGACGCUCUGAUCCAGGAGGCUGCUGCGGAGAAUAACAGUCUGAAGGAGGAGCUGCGCUCCCUAUUGGUCCAGAGGGACGACCUCCACGCAGAGAAGGCCAAGCUAUCUGCCCAGCUUCACGGCUACAGGGACGACCUUACCCAGGUCCUCACCAUGAAGGAGUCACAGCACAAGCAGCUCUUGUCCGGCCAGCUGGAGCGCAUCGCUACCCUGGAGAAGGAGAGAGCUGAGCUAGAGGCUAAGAUCAAGAGCCUGGAGGGAGGGGAGGCUUUUGUUCAGGCGGUGGAGAGGGAGACACUCAGCCAGGCUGGUGAUAGUGGAAACAGGCAGGUGAGAGACGCUCCCGGGGCAGAGGUAGAGAAGCUGAGGGAGCAGCUGCAGGCUGCCAGGGCCCAGGUGGAGAGCCUGGAGGAGAGCCUUAACAAGGAAAGAGAGGUGCAGGAGGCUCGGCAGAAGGAGCUGAAAGAACUGCGUUGGGAGGGAGGGGUGACGCGCACGGAAUCGGAGACAGCGGCCGAGAGGGUGGCUGAGCUGGCCCGAGACCUGCUGAGCAUGGAGCAGAGGUUGCUGGAGGAGAGGGAGGUGGCCGGCCAGCUCCGGGCCCAGAACCAGGCGUUCGGCCAGGCCAUGGCGUCACUGCAGGGCAGCAGGGACCAGGCACUCAGCCAGGCCCAGGAGCUCAGCCUCAGACUGGAGGAGAUGAGCAGGGUAGGGGGCCAGCAGACACCCACCACAGGCCAUGGAGGAUCCACUGCGGAGGUGUGGGGACUGAAGAACGCUCUGUCAGCCCUGCAGAACGACAGGGAGAGACUGUUGGAACAGCUCCAGCAGCAGCACUCAGAGCUCACUCGACUGGGAGGAGGAGAGCUGUCUAGACUCAGCCAGGAGCUAGAGGAGGAGAGGGGGAGGGCUGAGGAGAUGGUGGACAGGAUGAGGGAGAUAGACAGGAUGAGGGAGAGGGAGAACCAGGAACUAGAAAUUCUCAGGCUGGAGCAGGUUGACUGGCAGGCCCAGGCAGAGCUCCUGAAGCAGCAGACCCUGGCCACCCUCUCAGACCGUGACCAGCAGGUGCGCCAGCUCGGUGCCAUGUUGGAGGAGGCCCGCGCCACCAGGCCCAAACCACCGGAGGAACACCACCAGAGACAGUCUGCUGAGCCCGUUGCUUUCCCUCCCUCUCCUCAGCUCUCACAUGUGUUUGAGGAGAACCGCCAUCUCUCCUCCCAGUUCCAAGGCAGUUCCCAGAGGCUAGAUGAGGCAGAGAGCCGCUGCACUGCCCUCCAGAGGCAGCUCCAGGAACUGCACGAAGACAAGCGCAAGGGGACAGGGGAAGUGGACAGUGCCCCCGGAGCUCCUCAGCAGCACAGUGGCCCUUCAGAGAGCGAGAGCCUCAGGGUGGAUUUUAAAGAGCUCCAGCUCAGACUGGAUGAGGAGCAGCAGUAUAGGGUGGCUGUGGAGGAGCAGCUAAUGGCCGCCCAGGACCGCCUCAAACUGAUCAACCAGGGUGAAUGGCAGUCGGCCCAUGAAGGGCAGUUCUCUGCUUCUGAGACAGCUGUCCUCAUUGAGCCACCAGGAGGCUCUGUCACCCGAAUUCGGGGGAGCAACAGGCCAGGCCUGAUGAGAAUGCUGCGCGUGUCCUUCUGCUCUCGCCAGCGCACACCCCUGCUGGUGUCCCUCUACCUGCUCACCGUGCACGUGCUGCUACUGCUCUGCCUGGGGGGUUACGUUUAGGGCCCCCUCCACCCCUUAGAGACUGGGAGAGGAGAGAGAUGGAGAGAUAACAGACAUGUGACACAGACCCUCCCUCCCCCUCUUCAAGACCGGUAUCAUAUUACUGUUACAUUCAAUACUGUAGAAUAGGAGAAGACUUGUCUCACACACACACACACACACACACACACACGGAAGUGUGUCUUAGCCUGUUAACCAAAGUGAAGUUUUUUUAUAUACUGGGAGUCAAAAACAUCCUCUGCCAUCAUUGAUUUUAUUCCAUAUUUAAUAUGUUACCAUUAGCGUACAUGAUCAGUCAAAUGUUAUUGUAGAGGAAAUGAGAAGCAGUAUUGCACUACCUCAGAACUGUUGUUUGUUAGACUUCUAUAAAGGGACGUGGAUAUUAUGCAUCUUUAAAUGUACCUGGGGGAACUAACAUGAAAUGACACUAUACAGUGGAUUUACACGGUGUUUAGUUUUUCAGACCGUUUUAUAUUAGUGGUGGUUUAGGUGCCUUUAAAUGAGGAGAAUAAAGGAUCAUUUAAUGUCUGGAUGAAGUGAGGGUUAGGAUCUGUGGAUCUGUUCAGAUCUCUCUCUCUCCUAUGUUCUCAUGUACAAUGGACACCAACUGAAACGUGUACAACCUGCUAUGACUACAUUCCCACAACCAUAUAUUUAUUUUUCCUCUUCGUUUUCUCUUUAAUUAAAGAGAGAGCACCGUCAUUGGCA